AGUUCUCAGUUUCCGAGAGGCCAUUUACGACCGCUGGAGGUUGAUUCUUGCUAUUUUUCGGGACGAAAACGCAAGUUAAGUAUUUAACACGCCUCAUUAUUAAAUAUUGAGGACACUGGGGGUAAACCUGACGCGAAUUCUUGGCUCGCGGAGUGAUACAAAAGCCCGGUUUCUGCAGGUACGCGGUGGCGGCGCGUCUGUGGACACAUGCGUCAAGUGCCUUGGCGUUUGUGUAUGUGUUGCCGGUUUGGUUCGAGUGCUGGAAAGGGUGUUUCUUCGUAGGAUGUUUACACUUUAGAGCACGUUCACUGUUCUCCAGAUAGUGAAGAUGUUCAAGUUCAUUGCCAAGAAGUCCCAGCACGUCAGUGCUGAACGCCUCAAGGUUCAGAAGGAGCUCUUCGCUUUCAACAAGACUGCCUGCCAUGGAUUUCCACACUGCCCGAGCGCCCUGGCCUGGGACCCGUCUUUGGAGCUCUUUGCCAUUGGGACCAAGACUGGUUCCUUGAGGCUCUACGGCACUCCCGGUGUCGAGUAUGUGGUGGAGCAUGACGCAAGCAGCCCUGUCGUAGAGCUGCACUUCGUGCCCAAGCAGGGUCGCCUGAUCAGCCUGUUGGAAGACAACACCCUGCACCUCUGGGAGAUCAACGUCAAGGGAGAGGGAUCUGUCCUCGAGCACGUCCAGUCAUGCACCGUCGAUGCCAAGCUGCGCAUCUUCACCUGUGCGGUGCAGUCGACGGGGCAGCACCUGCUGCUGGGCACAGAGGGUGGCAACAUCCACCUGCUGGACAUCAAGUCCUUCCAGAUGACUGACACCAUCAUCUACCAGGACCUGGUCACCCAGAACGUUCCCGAGGAUUACAAGAUCAACCCUGGUGGCGUGGAGGCCAUAGCGGAGCACCCCUUGGACCCCAACAAGAUGGUGAUUGGCUACUCCCGCGGCCUGAUGGUGCUGUGGGACAACGAGACGCUCAAUGCCGAGCAGACUUACAUCUGCACCAAGGAUCUCCACUCGGUGUCGUGGCAUGGCAGUGGCACCAAGUUCAUGAGUGCCCACAACGACUGCAGCUAUUUUGUGUGGGGCAUUAAGGACUCCAAGGCCAUAGAGUCUGUGGAGCAGUGCUACGGUCCCUACCCUUGCAAGGCGAUAAACAAGAUUCUCUGGAAGAACGUGGAGGGAAAGGACAACUUCAUCAUCUUCUCCGGUGGCAUGCCGAGGGCCAACUAUGGCGAGAAGCACACGGUGUCCAUCAAGCAUGGUGACAAGUCCAAGGUGCUGGAUUUCACCUCCAAGGUGGUGGACUUCUUCACUGUGGACACCCAAGACGACAGCGGGCACGAGGUGCCGCAGGCGCUGGUGGUACUCGCCGAGGAGGAGCUGGUGGCGGUGGACCUGUCGUCGGAGGAUUGGCCCACCUUCGCCCUUCCCUGCCUGUCGAGCCUGCACUCGUCGGCCAUCACGUGCACCAACCACUUUGCCAACGUGCCCCAGGGGGUCUGGGACAGGCUGGAGGAGGCCGGCCAGAAGCAGCUCUCGGCCUGCUCUGCCAAGCCCUGGCCCUUGAAGGGCGGCCGGGUGACGGGGGAGGCCCCUGGCCAGCACGACCUGCUGGUGACAGGACACGAGGACGGGUCGGUGCGCUUCUGGGACGCGUCAGGCCCCUGCCUGCGGCCGCUGUACACCCUGCGUACGGCCCCCUUCUUUGGCACGGGGGAGGGGCCCUCGGCCGGCCACAGCAUGGCGGACGAGGAUGAGGAGGAGUGGCUGCACUUCAGCAAGGUGGGCACGUUCGACCCGUACAGCGACGACCCUCGGCUGGCUGUGAAGAAGGUGCUCUUCUGCCUGCAAACGGGGCGCCUGGUUGUGGCCGGCACUGCUGGGCAGGUGGUCUCCUUCUGCGUGGACCCCGACGAGUCGGAGGUCACCUUGGAGGUGGUGCAGGUGAACUUUGUGGGGGACCGGGACAGCUUCGUGUGGAAGGGGCACGACCCCCUGCAGGUGAAGGGGACACCCAUCAGGUGCGAGGGGGGCUUCAGGCCAGACAUGGUGGUGCAGCUCUCCCCCCCUGCCGGGGUCACCGCACUUGCCCUCCAGUCCAAGUGGGGCCUGAUUGCUGCUGGGACUGCCCAUGGCUUCAGCGUCCUGGACUAUGUACAGAAGAAGGCGGUGGCGUCCAAGUGCACGCUGAAUCCCAACGACCUGGCGGCUUCAGGGGACAUGAUGUCUCGCCGCAAGUCGUUCAAGAAAUCCUUGCGGGAGUCCUUCCGCCGGCUGCGCAAGGGCCGCUCUCAGAGGGGCCGCAAGGACACCAAGGCCGUCGUCAAGUCCCCGGAAAACAGGAGGCCCAGGAGGGGUGAGGAGGAGAGCGCGGCUGCUGCAGCGGCCAGCCCGGCGUCGCGCCACAACGAGUCCGGAGUGGACCCGGGGUCCCCGCUGUCCGAGGCGAAGCCUGUGGAACGUCAGGUGGAGGCGCGUUCAUCGGACGACGCCCUGGCCUCCAUGGUGCGCUGCCUCUGCUUCACCAACAGCUUCAUCCUGCACAGUGUGAAUACCACCCCGACGCUGUGGGCGGGUACCAAUGCGGGCGCCAUCUUCGUCUACACCCUCGCCUUCCCCGCCGGCGACAAGCGGGAAACGGACGCUGUCCAUUGUGCGCUGGGCAAGGAGAUCCACCUGAAGCAUAAGGCGCCUGUGAUAGCCAUCCACAUCAUCGACGGGCGUGGCUACCCGAUCUCGGACGCCUUCGAAGAAGAGCCUAAGGGUCUCGUGCCUCCGCAGAGGGUGCUCAUCUGCUCCGAAGAGCAGCUCAAGGUGUUCACCCUGCCGAGCCUGAAGCCCUUCGGCAAGUUGAAGCUGACGGCGCACGAGGGGGCCCGGCUGCGCAAGGCGGCGGUGGCCCGCUUCCCCAGCCGCAGCGACCCUGAGCGGGUGGAGUUCUGCCUGGCGGUGCUCACCAACCAGGGGGAGGUGGCGCUGCACGGCCUCCCAGACCUCCGGCGCCAGUUGGUGGACGCGUGCCUGCGCAGGGAGGACAUCAACGGGAUCAGCAGCCUGGUGUUCACGAAGGACGGCGAGGGCUUCUACCUGAGCUCUCCGUGCGAGUUUGAGCGCUUCUCGCUGUCCGCCAAGCGCAUGACGGCACCCCGCUGCCAGGUGGACCUGCCCGAGGGGGCCCGGCCCAAGCCCCCGCAGCCGCAGGAGCCCCAGGGAGGCCGGGAGGUCGAGGGGGCCGAGGCCGGGACCUCGGCUGACUCUCCCGCCCCCAAGGAGGUUGCCGAGGAGGGGGCCAAGGAGAGGGCGGUGACCCCCGCCAAGCUGGAGCUGGACAGGGCGGCCUCUCCCCCGCUUGCGUCCCCCAAGGAGGAGUCCUCGGAAGGGGGAGAGGACGACAAGGGGGGCCUGGACUCGCCACCGGACAGGUCACCUUGGGGCGACUUACGGAGUUGUGCACGGGAGAGGCUUGGUGCGGAUGUUGAAAGAAAAAGUGGGAUCAGCAGCCUGGUGAUCACCAAGAACGAGUCCAACUUCACGACGACCACGAGCACGGUGGGGGACCUCAAGUCCCUGGACCUGGAGGAACUGCUGCCGGCCGACCACGAGGCCCUGGCCGACAAGCUGCUCACGGACUGCAAGAUCGAGGUGGUGCGCGAGAAGCGCACGGUCGUGGUGGUGCGCGAGGAGACCCUCGUCAACGGCAGGAGUCCGACAGCAAAUUAAUCACGGCCCCGGACCUUAGCUUCACCACGCCUCCUGCUACUGCAUUCACGACAGCAUCUUUGUUUGCUCAUGUCUGUACCUUCGUGUCGAGUUCCUAGCCGUCCCGCCUUUUUUUUUGUCACAGGAACAAAUGCACCGUAGACACACGGGCACACGCACGAAUCGAGACACACUUCACACGGACACAUGUUGCACAUGGGAAAACACUCAAGAAGCAGCUUUUCCCUUUGGAAAAAGGAACUGGUAGCCGGCACCUCUUUUUAUUUUAUUUUUUUUUUCUUCAACGGCACCGCGGCACACACGGAUCACCCGCGGUACUGCCUCGAUGGAAGCUUUGCUGUACGUUGCAUUUUCGUCUGACUUCUUUUCUCUUCUGCCGUGUCGGCGUGCACAUCUUUCCUAUCUCGUUAAAGUAAGGACCAACAGGAUUUUUUUUCCCCCACGUCAAUCAUCGGUGCAGCUCUUUUGUUUUUUCGUGUGUGUGCAUGUUUUUCAUUUCAUAAUCAAAGUGCCAUUUUUCAGCCUUCCAAAAAAAGAAAAGGAAAAAAAACAACUUGUCAGCCGUUUUUACUGGGCUCUGGCUUCUCCGUGUAAGCAGCAAUGUCGUCUGCGUUUUAUAUAACAUAUUUAAGCUUUUUUUUUCUCACGCUCUGUCUUGUCUCGCAUUUUUAUAUGGCGGCUAUUGCUGCACGCGAGUUCACUCUACUGAUUCCUUCCAUCGCGGAGUAUCCACCGAAACAUUAGGAUUGGUGAUGGUGUCUGGUAUAUUAUGCCGAGGUGUUCUUUGUACGUUUUUUCUAUUGCCUUGUACCUUUUCUGAACAUUUUUUUUAUGGGCUGAUUUGGAAAUAAAAUGUUUAGAAAUGGCA